AUGUCGCGGACACCACAGACAUACAAAGAGCGAAAGGAGGCCUUUUACGUUGAGUUUGGUCGUGGGAUUUGGGCCGCGGUGCUCCUCUGGUCCGCUCUCCAGUCCCGCAAGUCUUUCUUCACCCCAUAUUUACCAGCAUCCUUAAUAACGGACUUCCUCCUUAAUGUCGUGGCAAUUCUCUUUGCGACAACCCUCUAUUCGUCCACCCCCAUUCUACUCAACAUCCUCCUUAUCUCCCCUUCCAUUUUCAUACUGCUGAGCCCAAAACGAAACCAGCCAACACAAAAAGCCAAACCCCCAACUACAUCCUUGAAUUCGUCAGAUGGUGCAGCAAAAAAUGCGAAAGCGACCUCAAAUAAACUCGAUCCUGUUCCGUUCCGCCCGUUUCUCACCUCAUACCGCGGCACGAUGAUGAUAGCAACAUGCACGGCCAUCCUUGCCGUUGACUUCGGCAUUUUCCCCCGACGAUUUGCCAAAGUAGAAAACUGGGGCACUUCGCUUAUGGACCUGGGAGUUGGAUCGUUUGUUUUCUCGGGGGGCGUAGUAUCCACUCGAUCCGUCCUGAAGAGCCAGGGUCCAUCUUCGUCCAACAAUGGAUCACUGCCAAAACGGCUCCUCGGUUCGGCCCGCCAUACUAUCCCACUUCUUGUCCUCGGUCUGGUCAGACUCUAUAGCGUGAAGGGGCUAGAUUAUGCAGAGCAUGUGACCGAAUAUGGCGUGCAUUGGAACUUUUUCUUCACGCUGGCGUUCUUGGGUCCCUUCGUGGAAAUUUUCCAUUCCUUGACGGCCAUCAUUCCUUCUUACGACGCGCUCUCCUCACUGAUUGGCAUUGGAUAUCAAGUUGUGCUCGAGUCAACAGAUUUAAAAAAGUAUAUUCUGGUCUCACCUCGAGGCCCGUCUCUCCUUUCGAAGAACCGUGAGGGGGUGUUCUCACUCUUGGGCUACCUGGCAAUCUUCCUCGCCGGACGCGCUACGGGUUUGAGAGUCAUGCCCCGAGAGACCUCGUCAUCCACCACCAAGACACCUUACCAGGCACGGAAGUCCCUUCUUAUCCGCCAAGCAAGCUGGUCAAUCGUCUGGACCGCUUUGUUUGCUUUCAAUUCUCUCCAUUUAUUUGGCUUCGGAGCGGGUAUUCCCGUUUCGAGACGGCUGGCAAACCUGCCGUAUGUCUUCUGGGUGGUCGCAUUUAACAACUGGCAGCUAUUCCUCUUCUGUUUUCUCGAGACGCUAUUCUUUCCGUCAGUGCACAAGGCGACUGACAAGCCGAGUGAGGAGGAGCGAAGCCGUUUUGCGACGAGCAGAAUUCUACAUGCGUUUAACAACAAUGGUUUAGCCAUUUUCUUAAUCGCGAAUCUCCUUACUGGUACGGUCAAUAUGGGGAUGAAUACAUUGGAUGCGGACAGAAACACCGCAAUGGCUGUAUUGGUUGGUUAUGCUGCUGUUUUAACGGGUAUAGCCCUGGCCAUGGACAAAUGGAAUUUGAAGUUGAAAUUAUAA